UGGUAGUUCAGGAAGUGUCAGGAAGCAUAAAUAAUGACGAUAUCAUGCCAGAACAUUCAAGGAGUCACAUUCGGACUUUGGGUCUUGCAAUCCCGGUUGGUCCCUACACAAAGACCGGCGAUGGGGGGGCACUGACCUGGUUUCCCAGUACUGCGGUGGCACAGGCGGUGGAGACCUCUUUGUGUCCGAACCACACGGAGGCCACGCGCGAGGGCAGGCCGAGGAUGAAGAUCUGCGCCACGGAGCAGAUAAUCUGCGCCACCAUGGUGACGGCGAAGAGGUCGCGACCCACGCUGGCGCACUUGAGCCAGGCGCCGGCGCAGUUGAGGCCCGCCCCCAGCACCGCCGUGAGGCGCAGACCCCGGCGGUCCAGCAGCCAGGUGGCCGGGAAGAUGAGCGGCACGUAGGCCAGCAUGUAGACGAUGGACAGCCAGUCGAUCUUGGCGUUGCUCACCCGGUAGAAGCGUGUGAAGACGUUGGUGAUGAUGCUGUAUUGGAUCCACUGGAAGGCGUUGACCAGCGAGUACAGGCUGAACACGGCCAGGACCGCGAAGCGGCUCCAGUAGAGCUUCGUCUCCAGACGCCCCGCGUCCUCCGGCUCCUCCUCUCCUCCGUCUUUUGCUCCUUCUCCUCCUUCACCCCCGUCGGGUAGCAUCGCCGCGCUUUCGUCCGCCUCCGCCGGCACCUCCUUGUCCAGCCCGGUCUCACCGGUGCCGGCUGGGAAAGCGUCUCGGACCGCUCCCUCCUGGGGCUUCCUGUCCGCGGUGAUGCGUUCAGACCGCCUCCAGAAGAGCAAGCGAAGAAGACGCCAGCAUAGCCACUAGUGAGCAGACAUGUUCCCCCAGGAACCGGCCCGCCUGUAAUCCUUUGUUGGAGGAGGAUGGCUCCACGCUGCGUGAACCAAUAGCAGAGCAGCAGUUAUUACUCACCAUCGUGAUGCAAUCUCACACACACAAUAUGUCGUAUUCCAGCUUGGAAAUGCUACGAAAUGCAAGAUUUUAACGAGACAGGGUCAAAUCUACAUCGCGUCUUUAUUCUGUUAAAACCGUCAAUUCCGGAUUUUAUUUUGAAGUCGCCCUGUCACUUCCGUUUCCGCAUUCGACUCUCGCGGGUGAAGUGGACUGAAUGUCAUGUAACGUCAGAGAGGACGCCGACAUGAUAUCAUAGAACAGCCGCUGCGUAUGUCGGCACAAUAACAAAAGGAAAGGCCCAACUGGAUCUCAUCACAUAGUGCAGGUGUACCUAAUGGAGUGGUCAGUCUCCUGUCCUGCACACAGAAGGUCCCUGAAUGCACCAGGAAGAGUAGCUUGUCCAUAUGCCGCCAUCUUUUAAUCCUAAUCAUCUCCGAGCUGACUGAAGCACCAUGGCCCCGAAAGGCCCCGCCCCCUCCAGCUGGCCACAUGACAAGAAACAGAGUGGACCAUCUUACUUAACACCAAAAACCUUUGGGCUGCACUGUCUCAGAUUUCACGUUGCCACGGCAACCCUAGCACAGCAUAGCAUCUGCAGCAGGUGAGGCUGAGCAAACAAACAAGGAGACCAAAGGAAACAUGCCUGGAUCCAAAGCGGGGCCCCUCCUGGAAGUCAACCAGCGGCGGGAGACGUGGUGUCAGGUGGAGUCGGACCCCCGGUGCUCCUGGGAAAGACCAGAGAGGAAACAUUACCGGGCGCACCUGCGGUCCAGCCCGCUUCUCCUCGCCGCCAUGAGUGGCGGGCCACGACGGGGGAUGGCCUGCAGGGGGGGCCCGCCUCCUGCUAACCUCACUCAGAGGCGCCAUUUUGAAGAAAGCUAUGAUUCCCAGCUGUCGUGGACCGCUGCGGACUCUCAGCAUCAGAACAUCUGAUGAACUUUGACGCCCCGAUGUUUCCGGCCCACAGCGUGUGUUCAUUUUCUCUCAUUUCACACGCUGCCUGCCGCCACGCUGAUCCCUUACAACAACAUUCAACUUGGCUGCAUUCCUCUACAAACAAUGUGUGUCUGUGUGUGAGAGAAACGUACCGCCAUCAUGAACUCGUCUUAACGGGGAAGAUUAUAGGGCAAAUUUAACAAGCGCCUCCCGUCACAUGAUUCAUCACUUCAUCUCAAGUACUCUGAAGUAUUACAUAAAAAGGUAGUACUUCAGAAGACCAAGUCAUCAGAUGAAGGUAUGAAAGCUGACGUUGAUCCUCAGCUGACUAACAUGAGUGCGAAGCAGAAGCGAUUAAACAAAGAAGCUGGAUUUCCAUCAUUAUUUACAUGACAAGAACACAUCACCUAACACCGCCUGCUUGCUCCCUGCUGUGUCGGCGACGCUCACACAAAAGUGGAAUAACAACACACUUCGGCGUUGGCUGCGUUGUCACUAAAUAAACAGACCAUGCGGGAUUAGGAAGCCUAUUCACCGAUGAGAGGGGCAAGCUAAUAUAAUAUAUAUACAGAUAAAUGUGUAUAGAUUCUAUAUAACAAUAGUACUGAUUUUAAAUGACUAAAAAGGUCCAAGGUCACAUCUCUAUUCAAUAUGUUUAUGGGCAGCUCAGCAUGAUAGGGCUUCACUAAUGUAGAAGUAUGAAAACAGACACAUAAAAAAAGAAACAAUUCUUUCAUCGCCUUCAGGGGCCUCCGACACACACACAUACAUACACAUACCACAGCGCUGGUGAAAAACAAAGAACAAAUAAAACUGCAAACAUAGUUUUCUAGCAGAUGAAAUGACAAAAUUAAGUAUUGAUUAUUUUUUAUGACUGUACAACAUUAUUAUUAUUAUGAUUUUCUGCCUGUGAGAACUAUUAUGUUACUAUUGUUUCUCGGUGUUUAAGCGUACUGUGUAAUACUCCUGUCCGGUAGGUGGCGGUAAUGCACACGUCAGGUUAGCCGCUCGCACCCACUGACAACGAAGAAGAAACCAGGAAGUAGUCAUCAAAACAAAACAAAAGGCGGCAAAAUGGAUCCUGUCGACGGAAAAGAAGCCAGUGAAAUAAACCAAGAAUUCAGGGUGCAGCUGACGUCUAAAAAACAAGCCAUAGAGCAGAUGAAAAAGUGCAAAGUCAUUUUAAACAAAGCUCUGGAUGGACAGCCGGGAAUUGAUGAGGAAACGAAGCGAGUUUUGCUUCAGGAGCUGCUGGCGAACUUCGAAUCUGCCGUCCAGCAAAACGUGCUAGUGAAUGGCCAGACGUGGGAGGAUGCCCCGGAUGUAGAUGCCGAGGACGAAGGAGACGACUUGGAAAGCCAGCUAGACGACACCAUCGUGGAGACGGCGAGGAGGAGAGGCACGUACCCCCGGCGCAUCCUGCCCUAUGUGGUCCAAGCCCUCAAGGCAGAGCGCAAACUCCUGGGCCUUUAUGAAGAACCAGCGGGAGCUCAGCAGGUGGUCACAGACCCCCAGUCAGAGAACUUCAUGAAGGAUUUGUCCGCUGCAGCACCUGGACUGGUGAAGCGGGCCAGGCAGGUCAUCAAGUCUAUCUGCACCCUGCAGCAGCAGGCUGAAGGUCUGUGCGAGGUGGUCAACAUGAAGCCCAGUCACACCUGUCUCCAGGUGGACAACGAAGUGUUCGGCCCUGGCGUCCUCGCAGCGGAAGGCCCGCCCCCUUCACUGAAUGGCCUGCCAACGACCAGGCAGCCGAUCAAAAGAGCGGUGGAGGAUGCGGCGGCCGCAGACGCCUACGUGCCCGUCAAACAUAAAUAUGCUGGAGAAGCACAGUGAUGCCACUUGAUUAAGAUGGCAUGGAAGCAUCUGAUGAGGAUGGAAGAAGCUUUUUUUGAGCACACCAUCACGUGCCACUCCUUACACACCUUCAGAACACUUUUAAUUGUAAAUAUUUGCACAGGCAUUGAUGCUAAAAGUAUAUAAAAGCAGUGAAAACA